AUGGAACCACAGUGGACAGCGGUCUUUGAGGAGCUCGCAAGGAACGUUCAGAGCGCGCUGCGAUCGGAUUCACACGACUAUGUUCACACUGUGCUGAGCCACCUGGAGGCCAACAAGUCGUCGAUUCUCGCCCUUUUGAGCUCCAAAGCACCCAACGCCGCACACAGAGCACAGUUAAAGCUCGGAUCUCCUGUGAUUGGAGGCAAGGAGCGCUCGGUGAACGAGCAGUUCAUUGCAGGCGCCAUUAUUCUGUCGGAUCAGCUAGAAAUGGACGAGUACGCCGCCGCAUCGCUCUUUCAGCACGGAAUUGAACAACACACUCGAUAUGACAGGAACCCAGUAGACACAUCGAUCAUCUUGUUCCAUCGCGAGAGGAUCGCGCUUCUCUAUCUCAUCUACGCCAUCCUCGACACCGCUGGCACCAUCGAUUCGCCCACAGAGUUCAGCAAAGCAAUAGUACCCUUCAGGAACGAGCUCUUGGCUGCAGCCAGCGGUAACCUCGCCAACAAGGCUCUCGUCGCACUGGAGACUCUCGACAAAAAAUCGAAAUCGCUCAAGAACGACAUGACAGAGACGUCCAACUUGGUGGCGCAGCUCGGUAUGGCGAUCAACGAGGACCGACUUGACUAUAUCCAACAGGAGCGCACCCUUCUUGCCAGGAUCCUUUUUGCGAUCGCCUUCUAUCACGAACUCCCCAGCACUGUUCUCAAGGCGACCAUCACAGCGCUGAAAACGAUGAACCUCUCCGAUCCCAUCACCAUCUACCUCACCGCCACCGUCAUGGCCGCACUCGAGGUCUCGCCAGAACAUAUGCGGAUCCGCGGAAAGGCCGAGGGAGUGUUCCCCGAGUACAUGACCAAGAAUACUUUUGUGACCGAGUACGCCCAAUUCAUCACGUCGACCAACUGGGCUGUGCCUGCGAUCCAGGCAACCAUUCUCUUCCAGCUCAGCCUUUGCGUCGGAAACAUCUCGAGCAACAGCAACAACGGAACAGGACUUACGGAGGACGAUCUUCAGGCUGUCGCCGAGAGGGCAAUCGAGAUGAGCACCUUUCAGUUUAUCGCCAACUACGUUCUCGGAUUCAAGUCGCAGGUCGUGGUCACUGGAAAGCCAUUUGAGGUCCCCUUCGUGAUCUCGAAUGCGCUGUUGGGCAUCGUUGAUCAGAACACGGAUGGAUUCGACACAACUGUUGGAAAGCCAGUGGCUGUUCGUUUCGACCCUUCUUUGCAGGAUGGUGUCCUUGCCCUCUUGGAGUUUACGGUCCGCGACUUUAUUAUCACCAUGCAACCCCUCCUCAGGAAGAUCAAGCAUAGGGAGGAAGAUAAUGCUGUCCACCAGUCAUCCCUCCGGCAAUCACAGUCAGCAGCUAUCACAGCAGCCCCCAGGAACGAUCUCGAGGCUCUUUUCACCGUCGUCGCACUCAUCUACAAGGAUCGCCCUGAAGCAGGACUUCGAUUCUGGCCCAACAACGACGACCGACUCUACAGAUUCCUCAAGUGGGGAGUGGAUUGCAAGAACACGGCACGAUCCUUCUUCGACAUGCUGGGAUCGCUCGCUACCGGACCCCAGUGCGCCCAAUACGCGUACGAUUUCCUGAAAAGCAACGGCGGUCGAUAUGGAACUCAGAGCUCUGCGACCCCCAAUACUCUCUGCUCAUGGGGAAAGCUGUUCGAGGCCAUCGAUUUUUACACCAAGGAAUUGAAUGGCGAAGUUACCUCGGGAAGAAAGAUCGAGAAGAUUCGCCCAGACGAGGAGGCGCUCCUGAAGUCGUUCCUGAACCUGCUGUGCACCGUGGGUCAAUAUUCGCCCGUGGCCCGCGCAGCUAUGAACGAUUCCAAGCAGUCGCAGGUGAUCCAUUCUCUCUUCCUGUUCUUCAUCUGCCCAAUCUCGGUCGAUCUGAAGGCCUGCAUCCUGGACAGCAUUGCCGCAUUCGCCACACCCUCUUCUACUGGAACCGAAAACGCCAACCUUGUCUGGGAAUACCUCGAUCAAACCAGGAUCUUGCCCAAAUCAUACAGCACCGCCCUUCCAGAGCCAAAAGCUGCUGUCGGCGACAAUGCUGCCGUCCCAGCUGCCGCCGCCACCCGCCAGGAGAACGAGAACAUGGAUUCUGGAAUUGGAUUUGACAUUGACGUGAUCGAGACGAGCAACGAGACCUUCCCAGAGACCAUUGCCUUCACGCGGCUACUCAGUAGUCUUGUUCAGGUGCCUCUGAACCCCGAGGAUCUUCUCUCUGGCGGCUCCCCUACUAUUCCCGAUAACCUUGGAUCCACCUACCGCCAGCCUGGAGUCAUCCCCUACGCGCGAUUCAUCCUCGACAAGAUUUUCGUCAAGGCCCUCAGUCGCUCUUACCGUGUCGCCAACGAGAAGUGGAAAGUGAUCGACGCUUGCCUGGACUUUAUGGAGCGGUGCUUGCUCUCCUUCGACAUUGGAUCGUUUAUUCUUGGCGACUUGCCCCACGUUCAACAGGAUCAGACAGCAAUCGAAACGCAGAGGAACAACGCUCUCCGCGCGUCUCUUCACCCCGCCUUUGAGAUUCUGACGCGCUUGUUGGCCGGAGGGGAUGUCUUGCAGGAGAUCUUCCGGAUUAUCUCGACUGGUGUUGAUGUUCUCAACAAGGAGGAUCGGACGACACCCUACCUCAAGUCUUCCAUCGUCCGGAGUUUCAGGAUUGUCAGCAAGGUCAUGCAGCUUCAGGAUGUGUUCGUGGAGUACAUUGUCCCAGUGUUGCUGACGACGUCGACCUCAAGGAACUCGCUGUUGUCAUCAUUGGUCCCACUGGAGCAGCAUCUGACCUACAGCAACUCGGCCAUUGUGGACAUCGCUUGCUACAUCAACUGCGAUGUGAGCAACGAGAUCUGCUCCCUCUCGAUCGAGAUCCUGGAUCGCCUGUCUGCGUCACAUCUCUUCACCAGCAGCGGAGUGGGUGGUCACCGUGGCAUCGUCACCAACCGACUUGUGCGUCUGUUGGAGAACUCGCCCCAGUCCAACCAGAUCCUGUUCGGCUUUGUUAACAAGCUGGAAGCCGAGGACGAGGAGCAGUCGACUGAUGCAGGAUCAGCAUCGGCAGAUAACUCUAUGUCCGUUGACGGGCCAGACUCCUCGCUCACUCUUGCCCAGAGGCGAGCUGUCUUGGGAGGUCCCAGCUUCACCGGCUCUAAGAUCCGUCUCCAAAUCAUGCGACUUUUGUUGGACAACCUGGACGAGUCUCGCAGCCCACCUUCAAUUGCCCACUUUUUGCUCGGCUACCCUACAGAGUCCAGGAUUAUCACUUCCGAGAACAAGGAUGCCCUCUCCAACCCUACUUCUGUCACCGUCCUACACGUGAUCUUGGACCUGUUGAGGCGAGGCAUGGAUGGUCAGGACGUAGACUAUAACGCGCCUGAGUCCGUUCCAUUAUACAUCACUCAUCCUCAGCUCGCCGAGAAGUGCCAGGAGCUCAUUUACCGACUUUGCUCGGAGGCCGAGACGACAGCGCCUACAAUGCGCUAUCUCCGGACGCAAGAGGCGUUCUUCUACCGUCACUUACGCGCGCUUCCUUUCCGCUUUGAGGAUGGUCUGAAGGGAGAUGACGGCACUUUUACAAGGAUGGACAAAUCGCGCUUCAGGGGCAACUUCGUCAACUUGGUCUCGCAGCUUUACCAGCGGUCAUGGGUCAUGCGGACCUCAGCCUUGGAGCUCCGUGUCGCCUGCGAUACCAACCAACGCCGCGAGGCCAUCAGGCUUCUUUCGCUUCUUUUCAGCAGCACCGACAACGGGCGCUCCGCCCACGACGACGACUUUAUGUACUCGCUGACAAAGAACCAGAACGGGCACUUAACCCAGCCCCGCAUGAAGGUCUUGGAGCUCUUGGACUCCCUCGAUUUUACUUGGGACGACGACGUCAAGGUUCAGGAGUUGGAGCGUCACUAUUUUGCGGAUAUCACCGUCGAUGCUUGUGUUGAGACGGACGAGCACGGUGUUGAUGUCAUCAAUAUUCGCAAGAUCUGCUCGCUUUUGUGGAUCCGCAAGUCCCACCUGGAGAAGGACAAUGUGAUCUCGAGCCCCUUGCACCGGACGGCUGUUCACGCUGAGAUGUGGAGCAUCCUGGAUAACUGCUUGGCCAGGAACCACGUCAGGGAGCUGGAGGCUGGCCGGAGGGGCGCGUUUGAGGCAUGGCGCGAACUGAUCGAGAUCAGCUUGGGCCCCGGCUUUGACUUCUUGAAGGUUGAGCAGCGCGAGGGUAUGCUCUAUGACGUCCUGGAGGCUAUUCUGUUCAAGCUCCAGGGAGACUGCACUGCCGACGUUGCGACUAUUCUCAGCAAGGCUGCCCUUUGCAUUCUUCAGCGCCUUCGCACCGACCAUUUCCGCCAGUGUAUCUUCCAAGCGACCUCGGCCGACCCCCGCGAGAUCGAUGCGCGCCUUCCUGCCGAGCGUCUCCACCGCGUCGCAAGGAACAUUAUUGCCUGUAUCCUCAAGACUGGCACGUCUCAGUCUCGCUGCAACUUGUACUCGACUCUGGUAAACUACUUCCAGUACACUCGUUCGGAGGGCGAUGCUCAUCGCAGCAUGAAGUCUGCAGAGCACUACCGCUUGGACGGACAGCAAAACGGUCGAGGAGACAAUGACGUUCGGGAAGCAUUGGAGCUGGGCAACCAGGUUCUCGUGUCCGAAGCGGGUGACCGUCUGUUUGAGGUCGUUUGCAAAGACGCCUCAGAUAUCGAUCAGGUUUGUAAGAUUGCCGCGUUUACCUUGCUGAACACGCUCUAUGGCUUGUUUGAGAAGGACAACACCAACCGGGUCCUGGUGCAUUUGGUCCAGCGCAACUACCUGAAGCACUUUAUCGAGAUCAUGACAAGAGAAGACUUGGACUUGCAGGCCAGCAUCAAGGGUCGUGUGAGCAGGGUGCCGAUCGUGAGCGAGACCAGACUGACUUUGUUCUUGCGCAUUGCCCAGCGCAGAGAUGGUGCCGAGCAGCUUCUUGAGUACGGUUACUUCGAUGUCUUGACCGCCUCUGCUGCCGUCAUUGACAUGCGCACCAACCUCAACACCACCGACUUUGGACCAUUCGAGCAAACGGAGGGCAACCGAUACCACAAUAUUGUCUACCCAAUGCUCCAGGUCGGUGUUGCCAUCUUGGCCAACCUUGGACGCAACCAUCGCACUGCUGCGAACAAGGCCGAGUUGUUUGUGACAAGUCAUCAGGAUACCAUUGCCUCCAUUCUCAGAGAUGAUGAUUUCCCUACCACCAUCAACUCGCUCCGUGAGCUCCGAUCCAUCACGGCAUUCUUGAACCAGCUUGCUGGACACAUUGCUACUAGGACAGUUUCUGCUGGAUCGGUUUUUGGUCCUUUGCAUAGCUUGUUGGUGGCCUUGAUCCCUAAAUACUUCUCGGUUGAGCAAUGGUCCGCGUCUCUUCAGCCUGUCUCUGACUCUGAAAAGGUGAUGGCUAGCAUGCAAGCUCCUUCGUUGACUGCCAGAAAAGGAACCACGCUGUUCGAGCGUGAUGCCAAGAGCCUUGCGCGCGAUAUCUGCAAGAACCUCUUGUCCUACUGCCAGAUCCGCACUGACAGCAAUAGCCGGACAGCAACGACGACGGCAGCGCCAUUCACGCCACUUUUCACAUGGACUGUCUCGACAACCACAAGUGGAUACGACUCAAGCUCGGUACCUUCGUUAGCAACGCUUGUUGGUUUGAUGAACCGGACAACCACCGAGUUGCAGGGAGGAAUUCAGAGGCAUCAGACUCAGCUGCUCAAGCUCAGUAUACUUUCGUCUUUGACGCCGGAUGAGAAGCAGGAGAUCCUGGAGGCUUCAGAUGAGGACUACCUUGACUCGCUUGUGGCCAUCCAGCGCGACCAAUUGGCUGUGCAAGUCUUGCAAAAGAUGUUGCUCACCUCGACCCACGAAGUCACAUCGUCACUUUAUGUUUUGGAGACGGCGUUGGUGUUGUUCUGGAGACACCUUGAGUAUUACUUGGGCCAGUACCCAGGACUGCUGGAUGCUAGUGGUGUGCAGCCUGGACUGGGGGCCUCUCGGUUUGGUCGCAGCGGUGCGCUGAACGGAAGCAAUGGUGCGCAGUCUACUUUCAGGUCGACUGUGGGACCGUCGGCCGCUGACUUCAACCAGAGUCAGAGUCAGAGCCAGCUUUCAAAGAACUUCAAGCCGACUUUAGCCGAAGCACAAGAGUUGAAGCGUAAUGUGAGCAACAUUGUUCUGUCAACACUUGACAACAUCAUGGGACUUGACCUCUCACAAGAAAAGAUUGGAUGGGACAAUACGUCCAGGAAUACGUUUAUCGAGUUGUUGAUCCGCAAUAUCCGGAGCCUUGUUGAGCGUCACUAA